AUGCUCCAUCAAUGUCUGACGUGCGUCCAUCAAUCCAACCCGCCAAUUGAUCCAAUAGAGCACCCACACCCCGAGCGUGCCGUCCCCGCUCAACCCCGAAGCCAAGCCCCGAAGCCCGCGACCGCGACCGCGGCGACGACCGACGAUGCGCCCGCCGCGCCCCCGCGCGACAAGCCGGCGCGUACCAAGAAGGAGGCUCUGAAGAAGCGCGAGUCUAGAGGAGGGGUGGACGGUGGUAGUAGCCGCGCGACGCCGGACCCCAAGCUUGGGCAGGCAGCCGCCGCCGCGCUCGAUUCGAACACGUGCUCGCCACUCCGCUACAAGCUGGCGCUGCCGCGGCCGGCGGACUUUGAGCAGCCCAAAGGGGCCGUCUUCACGCCGCAUCACGAGAUUGUUGGGCCGGAUGGCAAGGAGAUCCAGUUUCACGAGACUUCAGACCACGUAUACAACAAGAAAAACUUCCAUUACACCCACUGCCGCGCGGAUGCGGGCUUCCCCUCCUCCUUCUACUACAGACAGACCGAGCCCGCGCCCCAAGGCCCCCACAUGAGCUUCGAAGACGCCUCGACGCACAUGUACUUUGACAAGUUGGGCAACCACAUCACCACCGACAAGGGUUCCGCAUGGCGAGAUCCAACGUCGCCAUCCGCGAAGGCAGGUGGCGAGCCGGCCGCGGCCAACGGACACGUGCGUGUCGGUUUCUCCCGGCGCGAGGCGUCUCUCGAUGCUCCCGUCGGCUUCGACGCGUACAGCUACGGCAUCCGCGACAAGGAGGGCCACAAGGUGCACAUGUCCCGCCCCAAGUCCUUCUUCCCCGCCGGCGAGGAGAUUUGCGAGGGCGACGUCAUCGGGCUCGAGAUCAAGCUCCCGUCCGAGCAGCUCCAGCGCAAAAUCCUCGCCGGCGACUACAACCCGGCCGUCGACAACGCCGACGAGGAGCCCGACCCAAUGGCCCCCGCGCCAAACAUCGUGAGAGACCGCAUCCCCAUCCGGUUCAAGUCGCACAUCUACUUUGAAAAGAUCGACUACCACACCACCAAGGACCUCGAAGACCUCAUGAACCCCAGCCCCGCCGUCUCCGGCCCCGCGGCGCCGCCCAACCCCCACCACCCCGUUCCCGCCCUCCGCACGCUCCCGGUUCUUCUGGUACCCCCGCCCGGCUACGACGGCGCCGAGGAGGACGAGGUGGACAUGGUGGAUCUCGGCGACCGGGAGGACGCCCCAGCCGCGGCGAAGAAGACUGAGCUGCGCCCCAAGCUGAGCAAGCUGCGGCCCGUGGUGCAGAGGUACGUCGAGCAGGUUGUCGAGGACGUCAUCUGCGAUGUCGUGGACGAGGUCGACUUUUGGUUGCAGGACGGCGGGUCAAAGAACGUUGUGCCCAAGGCGGGAGAGGAGAAGGAAGCCAGCGGGACCGCCGUGGUGCCUGCCCAGGAGGAGAUUAAGGAGCUCGUCCAGGACGACUAA